AUGCAACGGGGGCAGCUCUGUCCCGAGUGCUCCGAAUGGGACGUGAAAGAGUGGUUUCUAGGACGGGCAUGGACUCUGUGGGAAAAGCCCAACGGGAGCAAGGCCCUGGACGAAAGAGUCCAAGCUGGAGAGAAGACGAAGAGGAGACGAAACUACAAGAAUAGACUAAGACGGCGGCUUGAAGACGUAAAAGAAAACGAAGACUGUCCCCUCUGUCGACUGACCAUCAAGGCUUUAUCUAAGGAUCCUGCGUAUGGCCAGAUUCCCAAGGGGACAGACGUUGAAGUUCUAUACGCGCACCUAGCAUUUGCCUUGAACUGUGAAGAGACUGUCUCUGGGAAGACGUUGGAGAGCGUUGUUGGAUUAGGAGCACCGAAAUACUGCAAUAGGUUGCUCAUCAGUACCAGCGAGUGGGACCGCGAUGGCUACUACCAUUCGUAUCCUGUGGCGACCGGCAGUGUUCAUCUAAUCGCGAGCGCGACCGAUGGCCAGCAUGAUACCCGAGAGCCCAUAUUACGGGGCAGGGCCGUCCAGUCUCAAGUCGACAUGAAGCUUCUAGAAUCCUGGGUUCGGAGAUGUCAUAAAGAUCAUGGAGUACAGUGCCGCCCGGAGCCCAGAGAUGAACACCUAAGGCCAGACUUCAAGCUUAUAGACGUCAACUCUGGAGCGAUCGUUCACUCGUCGGUCCGAGCUUCCUUUGCUGCGUUAAGCUACAUUUGGGGACCACAAACCGUUCGCCAAGUAAAACUAUCGAGCGACACAUAUUCACUGCUCACCACUCGUGGGCUGAGUGAAGUCUGGGAGGACGUACCACGAACAAUCCGCGACGCCAUCGCCCUUUGCAGAAGCAUCGGAAUCCCCUACUUGUGGGCGGAUCAGUGUUGCAUUCAGCAGGACGAUGAAACGGACAUCGGACAAGUCGAAUUCAUGGAUGUUAUCUAUGGCGCGGCCUCUCUUACGAUCGUUGCGGCGUCUGGCACGGACUCGUGGGCAGGUUUACCUGGUGUAUCACCCGGGUCGCGGCAAAUUCAACAGGAGAUGGAGAUCAUCGAAGGUCUGUCUAUCGGCACGGCGCAAGCCAGGUAUUCCGCCGCCAUGUCAUCUGCCAUCUGGCUCACGCGGGGAUGGACGUUUCAGGAGUACAUCUUGUCGAAGCGGAUACUCAUUUUCACUGCUCAGCAGGUGUUCUACCAAUGCAGCAACGCGUUCUGGUGGGAGGACACACACAUGGAGGUCCCCAACCCCCUCACGGUUAGCCUGGAGGGUUCACACGAGUGGUACCGCUCGGGCCCCUCCACCAUUCCGAGCCGAGCUCUUGGUAUGGGCAUAACCAAGAAACCUGCCAUAGGUUCGCUUACGCCUGGAAACUAUCUUGAGAAGUACUUGUCACUUGCAGCAGAUUUUACUGACCGACGUUUGACGAGGCAAUCCGAUGCGCUUCGAGCGUUCAAGGGUAUCAUCAGUCACUUCUCAAGAGCAACAGGAGAGUGCUUCUUCGCAGGACUUCCACUCAGCGGUAUCCAUGCUGCUCUGCUUUUCGCCAUCAGGUAUCCAAAGCCCGAACACCGUCGCAAGGAGUUUGCGAGCUGGAGUUGGACAGGUUGGGAUUCAAGCCGGCUCGACGACGACUACAUUGGGUACCCAUUUUGCAAGUGGGAACCCGAAGCGGCUUUGUACCGGAUCGAGCACUGUUCCGACAGUAAAGUCACCAAGAGCGUUCAAUUCACCCGUAUACAGGACAAACGCACGUCCACACUAUCACGGGAAUUCUACAAUCCUUGCUCUCUGCUCGAUGCCAUUGAGGACGAAGUUGAGGAGGGCGGCUGCAUCAUCGACUGGCACGCAUGCGACCUAUUUCCCAAGCGCUGGAUAGACCUCGUGGUCGUCAUCCGCUGCAAUUCUACUAUACUCUAUGACCGGUUAACAGCGCGCGGCUACGCGGAGAAGAAACUGGAGGAGAAUAUGGACGCUGAAAUCAUGGAAGUCCUGCUCGAAGAGGCGAGAGAGAGCUAUGAUGAGGAGAUUGUAGUCGAGCUGAGGAGCGACAACGCGGAGGACAUCGAGAACAACGUGGAGCGGAUCGAGUUGUGGAUCAAGAACUGGAGGGAGAACAACAGGACGGGCAGAGAAGCUUGA